CCCCUUUUCCCGGAGCCGGUCAGGAGCUGGGCGCUCGGAGCCGCGGCGAGCUGGGGAGUUCUUCUCGGGGACCAAGCGGGGUGCUCUGAGCUCCGUCCCAGGCCGCCAAGACUGCAGCCGCUGCCUUCCUCUCCCUUGCCCUGCUCUGCGCUGCCAGUUGGUCAGUCCCGUCGGUCCAGUCCCGGGUGACUGCGCUGCCCCCUCGGCUGCCGGCCCCGCGCUCCCCGCCCACCCGGAGGCUUGACCUCGAGAGAAGCGUACCGAGCCCCUCUCCCCAAGUUCCCAGAGCCCCCAGCCGAGAUGGCUUCAGUGACAGAAGGAGGCAAAGCUGGAGGCAAAGAUGCUUCAGACCAAAACUUUGACUACAUGUUCAAGCUGCUCAUCAUUGGCAAUAGCAGCGUCGGGAAGACUUCUUUCCUCUUCCGGUAUGCGGAUGACACCUUCACCCCAGCCUUUGUCAGCACGGUGGGCAUUGACUUCAAAGUGAAGACUGUUUACCGCAAUGAAAAGAGAGUGAAACUACAGAUCUGGGACACAGCUGGCCAGGAAAGAUACCGGACCAUCACCACUGCCUAUUACCGCGGUGCCAUGGGUUUCAUCCUCAUGUAUGACAUCGCCAAUGAAGAGUCCUUCAAUGCCGUUCAGGACUGGGCUACCCAGAUCAAGACCUACUCCUGGGACAAUGCCCAGGUCAUCCUGGUGGGAAACAAGUGUGACAUGGAGGAUGAGAGGGUCGUGCCCACGGAGAAGGGGAAGCUCCUUGCUGAGCAGCUUGGGUUUGACUUCUUUGAAGCCAGCGCCAAGGAGAACAUUUGUGUCAGGCAAGUCUUUGAGAGACUGGUGGAUGUUAUCUGUGACAAGAUGUCUGAGACCCUGGACACAGACCCGGCCCUGGCCAGCGGGGCCAAGAACACGCGCCUCACGGAUACCCCCCCACUCCUCCAGCCUAACUGCUCCUGCUAGGCCUACUGGGCCACUUCCCCCCUGCUCUCUGGGAACUCUCUCCACUUUUUCCCACAUCCUUUCCUCUCUCCUGAAAUUCUUCCCACCCCCACCCAUUGUUAACUCAACAGCUCUCCUUCGGACCUCAGUAUCUCCUAUAAUUGGUCCUGGUGGAAUCUGCCACUUGUAUUCUGGGUUCUGGAUUGUGUGAUGCUCUCAACCAUUUGUGAGUGGGCCCUACUUUACAAAUGCUCUUGAAUUGGAAAGGAUCUUUGAGGGCAUUGAGCCCUGUUCCCCACUCUCCAUUUCACAAAAGACAGAAUUCUGGUCCAGAGAAGAGGUGUGACGUACCCAAAGUCACCCAGCUAGGUUGUAGCAUAGCCAAGAUUUGAGCCCACUUCUGAAUCCAAAUCAAGGGCCCUCUCCAUUGCACUGUACCCCAACCCACUGGAGUAAGAGUAUUCAUUUAGAAAAAGCAUUCCCCAGUUUUAAAAAAGUUUCACCCCAAGGUUUGCCCUACAUAACAUCAUUUUUGGCACAGGCUGAUAGCUUAAUAUGAGGGCCACCACCACGGUCGAUACAAGCUUAGCUGGAGAGAGAGAUGUACAAAAUUAUCUAUUUCCCAUCCUGUUCCUUAGUGGAUUUCUUUCUUGGUUUCCAUGAGAACCUUGACCCUGUCCUAGAGGUACUCCUGGGGUUUGAGGACAAUAAGGAGAGAGCUGAUCUCUGGGGACCCAGGAAAUACAGGAUUAAAGACUUCAUACUGGAAGGAACCUCAAAUAUUAUCAAUUCCAUCCCAUUCAUUUUCACAGAAACUGAGGCCCAGAGAAGGUAGAACUGGGAAAUAGGAAGCUCUUUGAAGAGAGACAAUGAAAAGAAGACUGGAUUUGGGGUGAGAGGACCUGAGUUUGAAUCCCUACUUUCCUAUUCCCUGGAUUGUUGAUCUUGGGCAAACCCUUUCUUCUGUGUGGGCUUCAGUUUUCCCCUCUGUAAAAUGAGAGACAUAGACUAGAUGACCUCUAAGGACCUAUCCAGCUCCACUGUGGUCUUAAUGAGGGUGGAAGGAACCCAAGUUGGGUCAGAUACAAAUGAUUUCUUGAUGGCGGUAGUGGUGGGAUGGGUUCAAGGAUUUUUCAGAAGCAUGUUCAGGGUUCCAUUAUGAAAAAAGUGGGGGGAGGAUGUCUCUGGGUUACUGGCUUUGGCUUCUCUGCCAUUCAAAAUUCUGUUACUAGCAGGGGCAGCUCGGUGGCUCAGUAAAUAGAGCACUGGCCCUGGAUUCAGGAGGACCUGAGUUCAAAUCCGGCCCCAGACAUUUGACACUUACUAGCUGUGUGACCCCGGGCAAGUCACUUAACCCUCAUUGCCCUGCAAAAAAAAAUCACUUACUAGCAAGUAACUGACCACUUCUCCAACAGGUCUUGUCCUGAAAAGCCAAUCCCACUGUGUCUGUUCUAGGGGACACAAGGAAACUGAAUAUGGAUCCCCCAAGUAGAGCCAAUGCUUCUGGAAGAGUAGGCAAUUAAGCUAAAAGAAAUCCUAGAAUCUCAGAGCUUGAUAGGUUUUCCAAGGUAUUUAGUCCAAUCAGUACCCAAACAAAAGUCCCGUCUACAAUAUACCUAAGUGAUUGCUUAGUUUCUAUUUGAAGAAUCCCAGUGAUGGUGAGCUCACUACAUGAAUAGGUGGCAAACUAAUAUUGCUUGCCCAUGAGGAAAAAACCUUUCUUCCUUAUCUGAUCUCUCAUAAUUUAGGGACAUUUGCAACUGUGAGCUCAGGACUCCUUCCAGUCUUCAGAUAGCAAAGGGGUGGGUUAGGUUGGAGUGUGUUACUAGAAAGAAUUGACCCACAAUAUAUAUUGUAUCCCCAUGAGGCAUGCUCAGUUGAGUGAUGGUUCAUUCCAAGUCUUUCAUUAAACCAAGAAAGGGCUAAAGACAACAAUUUGAGGCUGGAGAAGAAAGGUGGACUGUCUUGGUGAGGGUUAACCACCAUCUGCCUGAUAGUCAUUGAAGAGGGGCUACUGGAGUGGUGAAGAAAGCAUGGGGCAGGGAGUCAGGAGACCAGAGUUCUGGUCCCAGAUCAGCCAUUGAUUUGCUAUGAAACCUCUGGACAGUUCCUUCCCCUCUCUGGGCCUGUAUAAAGUGGUAGGAUUGAGUUAGAUGAUCUCUAAAUCCCCUUCCAUCUUUGACAUGAAAUGCAUCAGGGUGGCUUCCCGGCUCUGACAUGCUCUCUUCCAACCAUCCCAACUUGGAUAAUCUAUGACUUCAAUAUCAGCCAAUCAAACAAAUAAGCAUUAAGUCCCUACUAUGUGCUAACCUCGGGGAUGCAAAGACAAAAUUGAAAUAAAUAGUCUCUGCUCUUAAGGAGUUUACAAUCUAGCCAGAGAAGAUUGCCAUUUUUGGUAUAUACACCAUAUAUGUAUAAAAAAGUACAAGGUGAUUGGAUGGGGCACUAGCAGUUGAGGGGAUCAGGAAGGCUUCAUAAAAAAGGUGAUGCUUCAGUGAGAAUCAGGGAUUCUAAGAGGUGGGGGUAAAAAAAAAAGAGGUGGGGGGUGAGCAAAGAGUGCAUUCCCACCUGUGGAAAGUCAUGGAGAAGGGAGAGGGAGUGACCUGUGUGAGAAACAAUAAGGUAGCCUUACUUUGAUCACUUGGGAUUGAGCUAAGCCAUCAGGCCUGACUCUACAAGAGCCUUAUUCUAGCAAGUACUUGCGUGAGGAGGUGGGAAGGAGAGGACGGUUCCACUUUGGCCAAAAAGAGACCCAAAACUCCAUUGUGGCAAGAAGACCCUUUUGUGGGGGAAGCUGUGGGCAGCCUCACUCUGGAGCUGUCCAAGGUACUGUCCCAGCCCACCCUUGAAUACCUGGGGUUUUCAAUUAAAAGAUAAAAGAAGGGGUUUAGGGGAAGAAGGGGUUGAGCAAGGGCAGCCACAUGGACUGGUACCUGAAUGGACCACUGACCUUAUUGCCAACAUGGCCUAAUCACUUGGUUUAUCUGAGCCUCAGAUUUCCCUUCUGCAAAAUAGGAUAACAAGACCAUUUAGAUCUGGACCUUAGACAUUAUGUAGUCCAAGUCCUUCAUGUUACAAAUGAAGCUAAUGAGAUCUAGAGGGGCUAAUUCAAUACAUUUCAAAGUCAUCCAGCAUUUAUUAAGAACCUACUAUGUGGGGCAGCUAGGUGGUGCAGUGGAUAGAGCACCGGCCCUGGAUUCAGGAGGACAUGAGUUCAAAUCCAGCCUCAGACACUUAACACUUACUAGCUG